CCGACCAUGAGGAGAGUCAGUCAUGGGAACAGAAGGAGCGACGGACAAUGAGAGAGAGAAGGUGAAGUUAAACAAAGAAGAAGGAUAUCUCGAACAAGCUCAUUCCAAGACAAACCGACCGUACAGCACCAGACCGACCGUGAUUGUUGUUCUUUCGGAGAUGUUUGCUUGUAGUGAAUAGCCAACCGUCCAUUCAUGAGCUCUUUUCGAAGCUUCUCGAGGACAGCUCCUGCUGAGUCUGCAGCUGCGAGCAGAAGUCACUCGAACCGAACAAGCUUUCUCCCCAAGAUUGAAACCACAAACAGACCCUCAAGCUUUGGCGACGAACGAAAGAAAAGGAGGAGAAACCCGCAAGCAUACAAGACGAGAGAUGUGGAUGUCAAGCCGGAUUGGGUUGCUGCUCCGUCGGAUGAGCUGAACGACAUCGCAAUACUGGAGGAGAAAUUCAGAACACUUCAUGCAAGGGAAUCAAACGCUCUUGAAAGAAGGCUGAACAAGUACUUUUCGCAACAUAAGACUCUCGUCUCGCGUCAAGCAAAGUCCACGCCGCUUGUGGUGUGUGUCUUGGACAAGUUUGCGUCAAGCGGGGGUUUGCUUCGAACGACGUCAGGGCAGGAGGUCUCGUUUGCGCUGCAAGUCAAGUAUUCCUUCGCGGGACACUUGGGUGAAGGCGGAGAAGAUCUGAGAAGCUGGGUGGACUCAAAUGGAGGCUUCUCGUGCAUCCUUGUUGGUCCCACAACCAUCGCUGCUGAUGUCGUGUACAAAGGGUCCGGCACCUACUUCUUCUUCUACACGCCUAUCCUUGCGGGAUCAGGAGACGUCCCGGGAAGUCCGUUUGAGUCAGUCGUCGAACCAGGAAAAACAGAAACAACCUCCUGCACCGCAUCGGGUAUGGGUUUGUUGUGCUCCGAAGCUGGAGUGGAAUCUCAGUUUGUGAUCACCUCAAGGGACAAGCAUGGGAACCAAAGAUUUGAGGGCGGAGACAGAUAUGACGUCACUUUGUCAGGACCUGUCACGUUCAACGCUCACGUGACGGAUCUGAACAACGGGCAGUACAUCGCCAAGUACAACACAAUCAUGUGCGGCGAUUACUACGUGAUGAUCAAACGAGAAGGCCAGCGCUUGGCCGGGUGUCCAUUCGUCCUGUCUGUGGUCGCUGGUAAGACGCAUGGGCCCAGCUGCACGGCAGUGGGAGAAGGCUUGAAGGUCGCGUUUGCGGGGGAGGAUGCACAGUUUGUGAUCGAGGCAAGAGAUAUCAUAGGGAACCAGAGGGUGGUGGGGAACGAUCCGUUCGAGGUCGAGAUCGAAGGUCCUUCCACCCCUCAGAUCUCAGUCUACGACCGAGACGAUGGCACUUACCUCGUCACUUACAACGUGGAGGCCGUCGGGCAGUACCACACGAGAGUCUUCCUGGGAGAGCUUCAGAUCUCCGGCUCCCCCUUCACGCAGACGGUGUUGCCAGGCAAGGUUGUCGCCGUCCGGUGCACGGGGGCAGGCAGGGGGUUGACGAGAGCGUUUGCUGGGGAGGAAGCCUCUUUCACCAUAGAGAGCAGAGACAUCAACAGGAAUAAGACUUCCUCCGGAGCCAAAGAAUUCCUUGUCACUGUCCGGGGUGUGAUAUCGCCCCAAGUGCACUGCAUCGCUGGGGAGAACGGAGAGUUUCACUACUCAUACCGGACUGCGCGAGCCGGAACGUACUUUGUGUCUGUGCUGUACGAAGGAGUGGACAUAGGAGGCAGCCCCUUCAAGCUCACAGUCGACCCGGGCCCUACACAUGCCAACGGCUGCAGCGCGGCAGGCCCAGGCAUCACAGGAGGAUACACGGGGAUCGAGACGAGCUUCAUGAUCCACGCGCGAGACUACUACGGCAACUCCCGGACGUCUGGAGGCGACAUCUUCAAUGUGGAGAUAGGAGGAACAGCCUCGGCCAGGUCUCGCAUCCGGGACAACGAGAACGGGACGUACACUGUGGCGUACACGCCAGAGAUAGGAGGAGACUACUACAUCUCGGUGAAGCACGGAGGCAUCGACAUCCAAGGAAGUCCCUUCACGGUCUCCUCAGACCCGAUGCCGCGCGAAGCCUAUUUGGAGAUGUACAGGAGCAUGGAGCCUGACUUCACCAGGAACUUACAAGCUCAGUUGCUCGACCAGAAAUCGCCUGCCAAACCAUCAAGAAAAGCUCCCAAGCAAGGAGGCAACGCAGACUACGAAUGGAAGUUGGACAUCAAACUGAUCGGAGGAAAAGAGCUGCUUCCUAAAGACACAGUCUCUGCCGGGACUUAUGGAACAGCUUUCAUACACAGCUCGGACCCCUACGUGGUAAUGAGCGUCGGGCCGCAGCAAGUGAAGAGCCAGACGAUUCAGAAGAACCUCAACCCCGAGUGGAAUGAAACCUUAACGCUCAAGUUCUCAGAUCGGAUGAACGAUCUCAACGUGGAGGUGUUCGAUGAGGAUGUCAACGACGACGACGACCUCAUCGGCAAGGCGAAGAUCAGCCUGAUGGACCUGGUGGAGGACAAGCCCAAGAUGAUCACUGCCAAGCUCAGAGACUUCGAUUCCUCAGGCAAGGACAAGGGAAUCGACUGCGGGACCAUCCAAAUGAUCUUGACGUUACAACGAACAUCCGGAUAUCUUGAUGAUCGUAGAUUGCGUUGAGCUGGAAAUCAUCGGAGUUUUGGGAUAAGGGGUGGCGAUGUACUUUUUUUCGGUUACACUUGUAUUCUUUUAACGUACAGUGCAAUGAAACUGGCUACCGGGU